CGAUGAGAGGCGUUUGAAAUAAAUCACAAAUGUUUGAUGAUGCUUCAAAUUUUUUUUGUAAAUAUUGAGAAAAUUAAAGCCUUUUUUUAUUGAAUCAAGUGGAAAGAUAAAAGUUUUUUUGUUUUUUACGUAGAUUUUACUAAUUAAAAAAACUAAAAAAAAGUCAAUUUUAGCCGAAUCAUCGAGGGUUUUUGGCUUUGCAAAAUUGUUUCAAAUUUUUCAAAAAAUACUAAAAUAGUUUUAUGUUAUCAUUGUUUUAUUUUGUUGCGUUUCUUUUUAAUUUUAUAGUUGCAUAUAGUGUUUUUACUGCUUAUUCAUAGGAAGGUAACUUUUUUAUAUUACCAGGAAAUCAUCAGGCCAGAACAUUGGCUGAUGAUACCAAAAAUCUUUGCUAUUGAAUGUAUAGUUUUUAAGGGAUAUACAUUCAAUACUAUUAUAUGUAUAGUCUUUAACCAUAAUCCUAGCCCCGACAGAAAGUAAUGCUAAAAAGUUUUGUUAUUGACAGCGCCAAUCGCAAAGGUUUUUGGUAUCACGUUUUUAAAAUUUUAUGAAUGUAUGAUUAUGUUGAUAACAUAUUUUUUAAAAAUAUAAAAACAUAUAUCCUUUAAGAUUAUGCUUUUGUAUAUUUGAAUAUUUUUGUAUAUUUUUUUGUAUUAAUAUAUAUGAUAAACUCAUUGAAGCAUAAUAAUUUUCGAAUUUUAUUCUUUUGAAGAGUUUUUGAGUUCUAAAAGAAUAAAAUUUGAUCCAAUGCUUUACUUCUUUAUGUUUGAAGCUAGUUUCAUAGUUUGCUUCAACGAGUACCUUGUUAUACUGUAAGAAAACACUGAAAAAUUUAGCUUUUAUUGAAACUACCAUCAGAACUAGAGCAACUUUUUAAGAGAUUAUGACACAAUACUUCGGUCCAAAUGUAAAAUUUUGAGUUUUCUAUUUUUUCUUUAAUACAUGUUUUUAAUGAUAUCUGAAAAAAAUCAAUAAUAUUUGUUGAAAAUAAACGAUUGUAGAAACUUGACCAUAUUCUACUACCUUAAUAAAUGUUUAACUCUGCUACCUUAAGGUGGUACAUCCCCAUUAAUUUCUAUAUUUUUUAGAAAAAAUCAAUUUUUUGAAAAUUGGUUUUUUAAAUUCAAAAUUUUUCAUAGAAUAAUAUUAUUAUUUUUUUUUUUAAUAAAUAAAUAAGGAAGUGUGUACAAUUAUGUGUUUUGUGGCCAUAGUAGAUUGAGAAGUCCGUAGCAACGCCAUAGCAACGCAUUUUAAAACAAAAAAAUUUAAACUUGCUCAAGCUUAUCAACAUCAAAAGCUCUUUUCUACUGCAGCUUCUUGUUUGUUUUUUGCUUCAUGUUUAUUUUAAAAGCUAUAACUUGAACUACUCAUGCAAACAUGUAUCAAAAUAUAGUGCUUGCAUGCUGUUUUAGUUUGUUAAUGUUCUUAUAAAUAAAUAGCUAAAUAAGAUAUGGGACGUUCUAUUGCUCGAACUAAAAAAAGAAAGUUUUCUUGUAAUCAACACCUAAAAUCUUCAAAGUUUAUUCAGCUUGAUUCAUCAAUUUCUGAUCCAAGUUUAUCAGCAAGCUCUAGAAAACUAGUAAACACUGAAAUAUCUGGAAGUCAAAAAAAUUACAAUAUCAUUAUUAACUUUAAUAUUUUAAAACUAAUGGUUAGUGAGUUUAAAUGCCCUAAAUGUGGAAAUGAAGUUUGUUUGGAAAAUGACUUAAAAAGCAAGAAAGGUUUUUGUUUUUACUUAACUUUACAGUGCCUUUGUUUCCCAUUUAGCAAAGGAUGGCACAUGUCUCAGUUUUCAACUGAAAAAUUAAGUUAAUUUUUAAGUUGUUACUGCUUUUCGUGAAAUUGGUAAAGGUUAUCAAUCUAUAUGCAAAUUUGCUGCAGUAAUGAACAUGCCAUCUCCUAUGAAUUUUAAAAAUUAUAGUGCAAUUAAUAACAACUUGUUAAAUAUUUAUAAUGAAGUUGCUUCUGAAAGUAUGUCAAGUGCUGCCAAUGAAACCAAAGAUGUUAUUUCUAAUUCAAGCAAUGUUAAUGAUGUUUCUGCUUGCCAAGUUUCUGUUGAUGGUACCUGGCAAAAGAGAGGUCAUCAAUCUUUAAAUGGUAUUGUCACUGCAAUAUCAAGAGAGAAUGGAAAAUGUAUUGAUUUAAUUUUGUUAACUAAGUUCUGCAAAGCUUGUAGUUAUUGGAACAAAAAAAGUCAACACCAGGUUAUCAAAACUGGAAAAUAAAUCAUGUUUGUGAAGCUAACCACAAUAAAUCAUCAGGAUCCAUGGAAGCUUCUGGUGCUGUUUCAAUUUUUCAACGGUCAUUUGAAAAGCAUAGUUUGAGAUAUAAAGGCUAUAUUGGAGACGGUGACAGCUCAGCAUAUAAUGAUGUUGUUGCAAGUAAUCCAUAUCCAGGUUUUGAAAUAAACAGACUUUAUUGUGUUGGACAUUACCAAAAGAGACUUGGAAAUCGUGCGCGUAACCUUAGAGUUACACUUAAAGGUCAGUUUCUUUCAGAUGGAAAAAGAAUAAAUGGAAAAGGUCGUCUGACAGAUAAAGCCAUAAAUACGCUUCAAAUUUAUUUUGGUAUGGCUAUCCGUCAAAAUGUGAAUAACCUUUAUGCAAUGAAAAAAGCUGCUUGGGCUGUUUUAUUUCACAACAGUGACAUAAGUGAAGAGUCAGAGAGACACAAAUUUUGCCCACGAACUAGAACUAGUUGGUGUUUGUGGCAGAGUAAUAAAGUAACUGGUGAAACAACAUCCAAAACCAAAUUAAGCUUACCAUUAGCAAUUAAAGCAGUACUUAUGCCUAUAUUUACAGAUUUGACAAAUGAAACAUUGUUAUCAAAAUGUUUGCACGGACAAACUCAAAAUAACAAUGAAAGUCUGAAUGCCUUAAUAUGGAAAAGAUGUCUUAAAGAUUUUUUUGUUGGGAAAAAAGUUCUUGAGAUAAGUAUGAACUCAGCUAUUAUAGCAUUUAAUGAUGGAAGCACAGCAGUUGAAAAAGAAAUUAGUGCUGGAGGUAUUGAACCAAGUAUGUUUAUGCAAGAAGGACUUUAUAAAUUGGACCUCAUCCGAAUUAAAAAAAUGAAUCACAAAUCAAGUACUAAAGGUAAAUUAAGGAGAAAACAGCUUAGAGCCAUCAAAAAAGGUUACAUAGAUAUUGAAAAAGAACUGGAAAAGGACCCACAAUAUAAUAGUGGAGUUUGGGACCAUAUGCUGACUUGAAAUUUUCAGGGUGCUUUUGUUAUAAAUUGACUUAGGUAAUGAACCAAAAUUACAAAUAAAUAUCAUGUGUAAGUAUGUUUAAAAUCUUUUUUUCUUUUUUUUUUGUUAAAAAUUUUCUUAAAUUUAUAGAAAAUUACUUUUAAAAUGUUCUAUGCAUCUUUAAUGCAUGAUUUUGGUUCAUAACCUCUUUGUACCUUUUAGUAACAAAAUGUGAAAACUUCAGAGUGAAAGGAUAUAUAGAACUGGAGAUUUCUUGUUUUAAAUUACACCCAUAUUUUGGCAAUUCUUAUGGAAUAAGUGAGGCAAAAGUUGGGCAAUCGAGAUUUCAUUAAAAAAAAAAUAAUCAGCAUACUUUUUUAAACUUGUGUAAUGUAGUUUUAAUUUUGUAUGGAUUAUUUUAAAGAAAUUUUUUAGAAUGGGGGUGUACCACCUUAAUAAAUAUAAAAUUAUUUAUAAUAAUUGUUGUUAUUAAACUUAUUGUAUUUAUUAAACUUAUUACAGAUAGUAAAUAAUACUCUAAUAUCUAGCUAGCUUAAACUUUAAACGCAUUGAAUAAUUUCUAAAUUUAAAACUCCUUUAGAAUAGUUCUUUUAAUAGUUGCCUAGGCCAACAACAACAACAACAAAAUUUAUGUUGCUGAGCGUAUACUAAUUCGUAUUAGUAUAGCAUUUCUCAGUAUUUGUGGUAAAAUUCCUAAUAUUUUCAAAAGUAAAAUUAAACAUAAGUAUUUCAACUGAAUUCUUAAAAAAAGCGUAUUUUCAGAGAGACUUAAAAUCUUUAAUCCUUUGAAUUAUUCUUUAAAAUUAAAUUUAUAGUUUUUGUCAGUUUAAAUUAAUUUUAAUCAAUGUUCGUAGAUUUAAUCACUAAUUAAUCAAUGUUCGUAGAUUUAAGCUAAAAACAAUAUAAUAAUAUAGUAAUACUAAAAUAAUAUUACUAUAAUAAUAAAAAGAAAAAAAGAAUUUUGAUGCAAAAUAAAAAUAGAACUUUGAUUAAAUGUUGAAUUUAAAAACCAGCCUUCCGUUAAACAAAUUAAGCUAAAUUUAAAGUUAAGAUUAAUUAGUAGGACUUUUAGUUUGUCGAAGUUUUGAGUAAUACUACGAAUAUUUAAAUGGAACACUGAGAAUUGAUUACAAAAACAUAAUUCACAUCUUUUAAGAAAACUUGUGGCUUUAUCCAAUUCAAAGUAAGAAAUGUUCGGUUUGUUUUUGUCGAGCACUUGAUCUUGAAUAUGUUGAAAUUUUAUCCGAGUAUGUUCAAUAUUUUUCUUUUUUGGGGGAGAUUUUUGACAACGUUACUAAAUUAACACGUUACAAUUAGUGGUUGCUAGUGGCUAUUUGUGAAAAAUUCGAGUAACAUUGUCGUUUCUACAUAAAUAUGCAUUGAUUAUAAUUAGCACUGUAAUUAAAAUUAAUAUAAAAGACAUUAUUAUAACGAAACUCUAUAAUAUUGUUUCAUAAAGUUAACUUUUUAGGAUUUUUAAUGAGAGAAUAAACCAAACAUCCAACACUUUGAAAUGUUUAAAUCAUAGUGAAUACAAUUUCAAAAAAACAUUUUUUUCAACAAAAAACCUUUUUAAAAUAAAAACAAAAUAAAAUUUUAAAGACAUUUAUCAAAUGCCAAUUCAUUUUUAACGAUGUGAAAAUUGUUGUUUGAGAGAGAAUAUUCCUCUCUUUGAUUAGUUGGUAUUGGUGCCAACCACUCAUUCAAACAAAGUCAAAAGAUAAAUAUUGGAUGAAAUUUUCCUUGGUUGACCAAAAUGGUUGUCCUUGGUCCUGAAUGUUUCCUACGUUCAAAUAAUGUGAUUAAUAAAUUGGUAAAAUAAAUCUAAGUAAAUGAAAUCUAAUUCUCAAAGUAAAAUAUUAUAGUGUUACAAUGACCUACGUUUUGAAUUAUUGAAGGAUACCAUUGCAUAUUAAUAUUCAAUAGCAACCUAUUUACCAAAUUGAAUGUCAGCUGCUAAUUCUUUUGCUUUCACUUGAUUAUCGUUGUUUAAAUUAUCAUCAUUAUUUUGAGUAGUCUUGCAUCACCAGUUGCUUUAAUACUGACAUCUGCUAGUUUAAACACUUAACAUUUACGUGGUUGCCAUCUUUUCUGCUUAUUUUACAAUAAUUUUAAAUAGCUGUAAAUAGGCUAGUUAUAAUAAUAGGCGUAAUUAUUAUUACUAAUAUUACUUAUCAGUAAGUAAACUAUAAUUAUUUAUCAGUUUGUAAUAACUACUGUAAAACUGAAAAAAAAAUAUUUUAGUAAUCCUUCUUUUAAACCAGUAGCGUAACUAUAAAUUUGGGACCCCACUCCGCCAAAAAAGUAAAGGGGCCCUCAUAACAUUUUUUCUCAAUUUUUUUUCUAAAAAUGCCCGAAGGGAUACGUGAAAAAUUAUAAAUUUAUAAAAUGUAUUUAAUAAAACAGAAAUUUGUAACACUCAUAUUAUUAUAAACGGUCUUAUUAUUCAUAUAAGUAAAAUUUGUAAAUCUCCGCGGGGCCCUCUAAGCUCCACCCCCCUGCCUUGCGGGGCUAUGCUCCCCCCCAGUUACGACACUGUUUUAAACGUAGUUAAUAAAAAAAAACUUUACAAUAGUAUAUAUUAGCCUAAAUAUUCUAAAUUUUUAUACAGAUAAAAAAACAUUUACGUGCACAUUUUUUUUAAACAUAAAAAAAUUGUCUAACGCAAAAAUCAGCACAUAGCUUUGACUGCGUUUACUAAUGUUAGUAAAACGGGGGCAUUUCUAAAAUCACUAGUUGUAAAAAAAAAACUUACCCUUAUUAACCAUGACAAAAAAAAAUUAACACAUUCACAUUAUUAAUAAAUAGUUGCAAAACCUACUUUCACUUGAAGACGGAUAAAUUAUCUAACUUAACUGGUAUUUUAACAAAGUUGAAUCAUUUAAAAGUAAUUAAAUUUUUAAAUUCAAAAGUUGAGUGUCGUCUUCACCUAAAUUAAUGUUCUAUAUUUUAAUCUGAAAAAAAUAAUACCAAAACAUGCAUUUAAAUUUGUAGUUUUUAUGGCUGAGUUUUCAUUUUUUUGACACUUACCUAAAACCCUUUCAUUCGUUUUUUGGACGAAGUUUUUCUAUUACAAACUACGUUUUUUCUUUCCGCAAUGAAAAGUCACAUGGCUAAACUCCCUAAUAUAAGUUAUUUUUCAGACAUUAAAUAUUUUUUUUCUGGUUUUUUGUGUUGUUAUUUAAAAAAUAUAAUUCCUGAUAAAUUGUCACAAAUCAGGAGCUACUUAUUUUAUCUUAUAUAGUUCCUGAUCUGUGAUUUUCUGUUAUUUCAUCUUAUUCUGAUAAUUAUUGCACUCUCUGAUAUUUUUUACUGGUUAUUGAUUUUUAAGAUAGCCCCUAAUGUCUGGUCAGGUCAGGAUCAAAACCACUAUUCCAAUAAAUUUUAUUCUAAUAACAACUGUUACAUAUCCCGCUACUUUGUAGAACUCACAUAUUUAGGCAAAGACUAGCAUAACUGUACUUUUAAAUACUGACCUUCCAUUAGUUUUUUUUUUUUCAACUUUUUCAUUCUAUAGCACAAGCCUUGUUAAACAAAAUUGCUAGAUGAAUAAACAAGUUGAAAACUUGGUUAAAUAAAGGUUUUAGUUUUCAUUAGCGUCUCAAUAUGGUCUAUAAUAAUGGUGUUAAUAAGAAUACUCAUUUGGGUCAGAUUAAACAGCAUCAAUGCUGUAAUGUGUCUUGCCUAAGAUAAUAAAUGAUGUAAUAGUGAUAGUGGCUGUCAAUUCUUUCUGUUGUUUCUUUAAAACUUUAAACUCAGUUUAAAAGUGAAACUCUAAAACUCAGUUUAAUAGUUUGGAGAUUAGCUGGCAAUAUCUAGACUGAUUACAUAAUCAUGUAAAAUAUCAAUGUAUUUAAACUACCAUAUUGCGCUUAGAAGUAACUCUUUUUAGUGCCUUUGGUGUGCAUUAAACCUAUGUAAUGAUAUUUUUGUUGUGAUUUUGGGUGCAUAACCAGACAAAAGCAAACGCAUACCUUAGUGUUUUGGAUAAUGUUACCAUAAAAUACUUAACAUGAUAAAACUUUAUUACCAUCAAUCAAUAUUUUAGAAAAAGUAGCAAUUUUUUGAGUAACUUUCUAUUCAUAGGAUUUUAUCUUUUGCAAAAUUUACAAGAAAUGAAAGAAAAAGUACGAACAAAUUUUUCGUACUUUUUCUGCAUAAGAAUUACCUAAUUAUUUACUUUUUCUUUAAAGCUGACUAGGAUUCCUUUUCACAAUUUUAUUUGUGAUGAUUCUUGUUCAUUCUUGUGAUGGCCUUAUUUCUUUUUUUUUUUUUAAAUACAUUUGAAACAAGGAAUAACAAUUAAUUACCAUCAAGCAUCAAUUUUCAAAUGCUCUUGCAUUUGAGACUUUUUUUUCACUUUUUUUCUUCUUGUGCAGCUGCUAUUUCUGAUUCUAUUCUUACUUCAAUUUGAUUUGAUUUAUUUCAUGUUUUCACAAGAGCAACUCUUUUGAGAACAAAUAUUAAUUUUAUGUAAAAAAUUGAUGCGAUAUGUCUAAUGCUAUUUUCAGUUUUACUAGUUUUAGUUUUUAUUUCAGAAAAUAUAUUCUUUUAAGAUUCGAAAAAAAUUUAUUUGGUUUUAACAAAAUGUUAAUAACAAUUGUUAUUAAACUCAUUUUCCCGGUUCUUUGAUUCUCUGAAUCUUAAUUUAUUUUUCUAAUUUUUAUUGAUGAAAUUUUAGUGAUGAUUAUGAGUUUCAUUUGUUUUAAUAAAUAUGUUUAAGAAAGAGUUCGGUAGUUUAUUUUUUAUUUAAUUCCUCUUUUGAAUCUAAUGAUAACACUAUUUCUGAAUCUAAUGAGCAUACUAUUUCUGAAUCUAAUGACCACCUUACUUCUGAAUCUAAUGAUCAUACUAUUUCUGGCAUACCAGAAAAACAGGCUUUUCCACAAAUAGCUUUUGAAAUUAUUCCAACUUUAGUUGCUAAAAUUAUUUUAAUGUAUUUAAAGUUAUUUCUUACUUAAACUUUUGUUGUGUUAACAACAUUCUUUUUGAAUUUUUAUAUAAGUGUUCCUUUUAAGAACUCUUUUCAAUGCUUUUUUUAAUACUAGUAAAAACUAACAUUAUAAAUUUUGAUAUCUGAUUUUAAGUCUAAUAAAUUUUUAUAAUAAUUAUAAUUGAGUCUAGCAAUUUUUUAAUUCGACAACAACUUACUUUUUACAAUCAAUAAAGAUAUUAGUCUUUUUAUUUUACUACUAACUUGUUUAACAAGUUCUUGACAUAUUAUAGGUUUAGAUGUAUCAUGUAAGCUCUCUUUAUAUGAUGUUUUUUGGACAUUUUAAAUAAUUAUUAAAUUUUCUAAACUUUUAUUAGUUGUUACCAUUGUCCAUGAUAAGAACACUUUUCUAAUUUUCCUUUCUUUUUUGGAUUACUCAAAGCUCCAAUUUUGGUCUUGUAUUUAUUUUUUUCUUCAUCAGGGUUUUUACUAAAUUUUACUGAAUUCCAACACAAAAUAGUUUAUUUGCUUAUGACAUAACUCCAGUUUUUUUUUUCUUUCAUGCCUUUAUCGGGAAAUCAAAAGUAAACAAAUGAAUUGCUGGAAAACAAACUAUUCUUUCUCAUACGCAAAGUCAAGAAAACAUUUUUUAACAAUAAAUUUAUGUCCAAUAAUUACUUUAAAAGUUAAUCGAAAGAAACAGCCGGAUUCAAAAUGAGCUAGCGACUAGCUAGCUUUAUAGCGAUUUUCUAGCAUUUUUUUUUACUUGUUUUAUUUUUUUUUAACUUCUUUAACAUCUUUAAAAAAUCAAUUUUUAGUAAUGAGUUUAUUAUGAUAAAGUAAUUGAACUUUAAACAUCGUGAUUUUUUCAGCAAAGUGUCGCUAUCUACAUAUUGUAGCUUUGUACCUAGCUACAAAAUAUCUCCAUAUCUUUAACUGAUUGAUAGCUACAUAUCAAAAAUUUUUAGAGAGCCAUUUUAUUACUCGCUAAAAUAGCCAGUGGGUCUUUAGACUAUUGAGCUAGCUGUCGUUGUAGUCUAAUCGCUGUCUUUAUCUUUACAAAUAUCGAUAACUUUUCGAUAACUUAAAAAGAUUAACAAUCUUCGUGGCAGAAUAGCGAUUAUUAAUAGUCUUUAUCACUACGAUUAUAGCUAACUAUUCGCUAGCCGAUUUACCAUCAAGAGCGAAAAAAUGUUUGCAAAAUGUAAGUCUUGUCAAAAUGUAAGGUGAUUUUACUUUAUUUUUACACACUUUUAGAUCUUUGUUUAAAUAAAAUAAAGCCUGUCUACAUAUUAUUUUGGUUAUUUUUUAGUUUAAAAAGUAUUGCUGUUUUGAUAUUCAUUUAAAAAUAUUAAAUCAAAAUGUAAUUUAAAAGUAACCCACUAGCAAUAAAGUGUAUCGAAAUAACAAAAACAUUAUAGGAUUUUAGAAAACUACAUGCUUUACUAUCUGCAGCACGACUUAUCGUAUUCAACUACAUUCUUUUAAACACUUCAUCAUCAGGGAUUCUUAAGUUUUUGAUUUUUAUUUUUUAUUCUGUUAGUGUAACUACUGUAAAACAAGUUUUUAAAAUAAAAUAAUGAUAAAAAAAAAUUCAAAAACCGAUACUGAUGUUUUAGUUUGUUUUCCCCAAAUUCAAGAUGGUUAAUUUUGAAGCAAUACUUUUUAAUACGGAGUGACGUCACACCAACCUGAUUGAUUCGAAAAUGCAGAUUGAGAUUUAUUUAUAUUUUCUAAUAAACUUUAGAAUUUUGUUUUUAUUAAUAUAAAUAUUUAUAUUUUAGGUUUUUCUUUGGUUUAUGUUGUGGGUUAACCAAGUUAUUUAUUCGCGUUGCUAUGACGUCAGGUUUUACAGCUGCAAAUAUUUUCAUAAGAGUUCGUCCAUAAAUUACGUCACGCAAUUUUUGACCAAUUUUGACCUCCUUCCCCCCUUCGUCACAAAAUUGUUAUACUUAAGAAUCAAGUUGUCACAAAACACCAACCCUCCUCUCCCCCCUUAUAGCGUGACGUAAUUUAUGGACGAGCCCUAAACAACUCUGUUGAGUCAGACUUAGUUGGUUUAGCUAAUGUUGUUGGAAUGUCGACUUCGUGUAUUGGAAGGUGAGUUUUCUAUACUGAGUAUUUUGCAGAUUUUUUCAAAACUUAAAAUUAAUAAUAUAAAAUGUACGUCAACUAAAAUAAAAUGAUUUUAAAAAGUUUUGCUGAUUGUUUUAUUUAUUUUUUUUAUUAUUAUUUAUUUUUUAUUCAACCAUAUUAAUAAGAGUUUACAAAUCUUGUUGUAAAUUAAUAGAAAUUGGUUAGGUGUCACUAAUAUAGUUACAAACUAGU